GCCAGGCGGCCGGGCCUCCCCUCGCCUCGCCCGCGCCGAGUAGGGUUGCCCGUCCCGUGGCCGAGCCUCUUCGGGACUCCCAGGGUGCUGCAGCCGUGCUGGACGGUGCAGGACAUGGAGCGCUUUGCCAGCUCCGGGACCCAGACAGAUGCUGUGGUGGUGCUGUCGCUGGCACAAGCCGCCGUCCUGGGCCUGGUGUCCGAGAACGAGUUCUUCGGAGGCACUGUCGCGCCAGAGAGCAUCUUCCCCAGCUUUGCAGGAAAGCUCGACGGCACAGCAGCCGUUGAACCGAAGCCGCCCGAAAGCGGUGGCCUGGCCGGCCUGGCCCAGGCGGAGCCCCUCGAGGAGGAGGAGGGGCCGGAGGCAGAGGCCUCCCUCGGGAAGCAGGCCCGGAGGAGGAAGCGGCCCCCCGUGCGCCUGGUGCCGAAGGUGAAGCACGAGCGGGGCGAGGGGGAGCCAGAGGAGGGGGCCCCUGACGCGCCCCCGCCCACCUUGGGCCCCGGAGAGCAGGCGGAUGGCAGCAGCCCAGAAGAGCCCUGCUCAGAGCUACAGAUUGGGGAGAGUGGUGCUGGCAGGAUGGCAAGCCUCAGCCCGUUCGGCAGGCGGCCUCAGCCACUGCAGCGGCCCACGCAGCCAGAGCGCUCCUUGGGGGCGUACGAGGAAAGGUUUCCAUGCCCCCCUCAAGCCGGCCCAGACAGAGCGGAAGGCUUUCCCAGCGGCUGCAGCUUCCCACCCGGCCUACCGUCCCUGAGCGGCCUGGAGAAUCAGCUGCCAGCCUCUCCCCCAGAGCAAGGCAAGAGUGGGGCAGGCUUUGCGUGGCAGGAGCCGCUGGACUUCGAGGCGGAGACUCCCAGCGAGCACAGCAGCAAGAAGGUGCACCUGGACCGCUUGGACAUCAAUGUCCAGAUCGACGAUUCCUACCUGGUGGAGAAGCGCUGGCAGUGUCGCCUGUGCGAGAAGUCCUACACCUCCAAGUACAACCUGGUGACCCACAUCCUGGGGCACAACGGCAUCAAGCCGCACUCCUGCCCCCACUGCAGCAAGCUCUUCAAGCAGCCCAGCCACCUGCAGACCCACCUGCUCACCCACCAGGGCACCCGGCCCCACAAGUGCCAGGUGUGCCACAAGGCCUUCACCCAGACCAGCCACCUCAAGCGCCACAUGCUCCUGCACUCAGACGUCAAGCCCUACAGCUGCCGCUUUUGUGGCCGUGGCUUUGCCUACCCCAGUGAGCUGAAGGCCCACGAAGGCAAGCACGAGAGCGGCCGCUGCCACGUCUGCGUGGAGUGCGGCCUAGACUUCUCCACGCUCACCCAGCUCAAGCGCCAUCUGGCUACGCACCAGGGGCCCACGCUGUACCCGUGUCCCGAGUGCAACAAGUCCUUCCACUACCGCAGCCAGCUGCAAAACCACACCCUCAAGCACCAGAACGUGCGGCCUUUCGUCUGCACCGAAUGCGGCAUGGAGUUCAGCCAGAUCCACCACCUCAAGCAGCACUCGCUGACCCACAAGGGUGUGAAAGAGUUCAAGUGCGAAGUGUGUGGGCGGGAGUUUACGCUGCAGGCCAACAUGAAGCGGCACAUGUUGAUCCACACAAGCGUGCGCCCCUAUCAGUGCCACAUCUGCUUCAAGACCUUUGUGCAGAAGCAGACGCUCAAGACUCACAUGAUCGUGCAUUCGCCCGUCAAGCCCUUCAAGUGCAAGGUCUGUGGGAAGUCCUUCAACCGCAUGUACAACCUCCUGGGCCACAUGCACCUGCAUGCUGGCAGCAAGCCCUUCAAGUGCCCCUACUGCUCCAGCAAGUUCAACCUGAAGGGGAACCUCAGCCGGCACAUGAAGGUCAAGCACGGCGUGAUGGACCUCAACCUGGACAGCCAAGAUCCCAUGCUGGAGCUGGCAGGCACCAAUCCCUCGGAGCUGGACGGGCAGCAGGAGUUGGAUGACUAUGAGGAAAACACCUAUGACUACGGGGUAGUGGGGAACCCCGGCAGUGGGCCUGCCUUGGCAGAACAAACCAUGAAGGAGAUGGCCUACUACAACAUGUUGUAGCUGGAGUGGGAGGGGCCUGGCUGAAGGGGAGGAGGGGUCGCCCUCCCAGUGAAGUGGUGCUUGGGCCGCAUGGAACAGGAGCUCCUCUGAGCACCUGGAGGACUAUGCCAGGCCUGCGGUUCUUGCUCUACCAUGCCCUGCCAUGGCCCUCCCAGCCGCUCCUUGACCAGGUGCGGCUCCACAGCUGGCAGUCCCUCGGUUUGGGCACCAGCCUUGCGGACACCGCUUGCCGCCUCCUACCUCCCAGCACCUGGCCAGGGCAACAUUGGUGCUCCAGCCCAAGCACCCCGGCUGAAGCGACUGGGGCUGGAGCAGCUGUUGAGAGGGCAGGCUAGACCCACUUGGUCUGCCACCGGACUGGACCGCCAAGCGCUCACCUCCCGGUGUGUGUCGCAAACUACCUCUGCCCUGCACUCAGAAGGAAGGGCCCAGGUCAGGGGGCCCACCCCCAGUCCAGUGGGACUCUGAAGCACCCCCUCCUGUUGUGGCAGAACGGUCAAGGCCCCGCCCUGCAGUCUGUGGUCACGUUAUAUUCCUGGGGUGAUGCCACCAAGUGGGCUGCCCCUUUUGUGCAUAGAUCUACUGUGUUUAUUUUCCAGUUCUGAAGAAGUUCAGCAAUAAAUGAAUAUUGUUUGGCAGACGGA